ACGGGGUGUUGGUAAAAUCAACGCUGCUGUUGGCAAAAUCGAUUGGCGGUUGGUAAAUUAUUGGGUGGUUGUGAAGGAAGCAGCGACAAGAGAAGACCAAUACAUCUUCGUUGGCUGGCUGGCUGGCUUGCUCGCCUGCGUUGUUUUUGCUCGCUGUGCUUUGCCAAGGCCCUGCGGGCUGCGCAGCCAUGUCGCGAGUGGAUGAGGACUUGGAAGACACCCGAGAACGAGAAAAGGAUGUGCAAUCAAAGCUUCAAGCACUCCAGAAAGAGUUGAGUGGUAGCAGUGGCUCCAGCGACGCGUUUGACACGGAUCCAGCCGUCGGUCAUGUCCGGACCCAAGACCACCUGCUGCACGCAGUGCUUGAACGAUUCCUCGAAGAGCCCCGUCCUGCAGGCUUUACACCAACAGGUAUGGCGCCUUUCCACGAUGUCAUCAUCACGGAGCUCAAACGCGCGUGGGACGACUUUUCGCGGCGCAAGUGGAACGCCGUGCUCUCAGAUGCCAUCAACAAAGAGAUUGACCGACGUAUUCCGUGGACGCUGAUUGAGAUUUCCGUGCUGCUGUAUCGACGACUACGAACCUUGCUCAACCGUGCGCGCCAGCGAGGCGUCUUCUCCGACAGCGCCAACACCAUCCGUUAUCUGUCCAAACUCGCUGGCGAUGCGCGCAGGGCGUUCAAGAUCAAGGAGAUUAGCGCCUAUCUCGGGGAGCAGCUCAAGCGCUCCAAGAACAGACCCUGUCGCCCUGUCAUUGUCACUCAGGCCAGCAAAGACCUCCAGGGCACAUCAACAACACGUCAUGUGCCAGUCUACAUGCUCAUUCGAUGGUACAUCAUCCAAGACAUGCGAGAUGACAAGUACCAGCGCCAGUUGUCGGACCGCAUCGCGGCACUGAAACGCGACAUGAAAAUGCCCAGCAUCCCCUUUGACACCUCCCUCAAGCGAAUCAAAGAGCUUGAGUCGGUGCUGGAGGGAGCGGUUUCACGCCGCGUGUCGGUGGUAAACACAUCCCCGUCUGCGCUCUCCGUUCGCCAGAUGGCCGCGCUCGGGCUGCCGUUUGCAAACCAGCACCUCGUGCAGUACGACAGCAGCGGCACGCGCACGCUCUCGACACAGUCGCCGUCGCCAUCACCAUCGUCGGCGAGCAUGAUGUCGGCUGCAAUGCCUGGUGCAGGUGUGGGCAUGGAUGCGGGUGUGCACAUGCAGGGAGGGAGGCUUGCACCGCCUCAUCAGCGAAGCGGGGACAGUGGCCUUGUGCGCGAUGAUGAUGAUAAUGAUGAUGGUGAUGGCGGUCGUGUGAUUGUGGUUGAUGUACCUGUGGAAGCGCAACAAAAACUCGAACAACAGCGGCAGCAGCGAUUGCGUGGUCGUCGUCGUCGUCGUGCUGGUGAUGGUCGUGAUGAUGGUGAUGAUGAUGGUGGUGGUGAUGGUGAUGAGAGCAUGGUAGCGUCGCCUUCGGCGCGGCGGCGGCGGGCGUCACUGCCAACCAUCUUGGAGCCGCUGUCGAUGGAGCGGUUGUUGGAGGACGUGAAGUGGCGGACAAGCGGACCUGGUCGCCGGUCCCUUCGCCGCGCCGUUAGCGCCUCGUGCCUGUCCUCCCUGUUUUACACACAGGAGGAAGCAGAGCGAGAGGAUGAAGGGCAAGUCGGCGUGGACGAGACACCCAAACCAUCAACACACCAGCACCAGCACAAUCAUCGCCGCCGCCACCGCCGAUCGAAAGCGUACCGUGCACGUCGCUCCACCUCCCUCGCGCAGUCGCAAACGCGCCCGGCAACAGACGGCAGCGUCAACAUCCCGACACCGCCGCCCAUGUCAUCGCGACUGCUUAUGGCGUCGUUUUCGCAGCAGGAGAAGCGAGACUCAAUGGCACUGCGCACGUCUGCGUCUGUAGCGGCUGUUGCCUCCAGCACCGUCCCGCGUGUCGAGAGCACGGGCACGCUCGCAGCCACGCCGUCGCAGCUCACGGCAGCAACAGCAGAAACAGCAGAAACAGCAGCCACGAAGCGGGCGCCUGCGGACAGCGCAACAACACGACAGCGAAAGCAGCACGCGCGAGAGGUUCACGAUAUGACGCAGGCGAUGCUGCGGUGGCGGCAGAAACCAGACGCCGACAUCGGUGACAUGGAUCCCAUCUUGAGUGCACAUCUCAACACCAAACACCUGCUCGACCCCGUGCUGCCGAAGCGCCCGCCACCUGAGCAAGAGCGGCCGACGGGGCGUCGGUACCUUCUCUCCCACGCAACACGAAGACACCCACACGUCCAGGAGUUUGUUGCCAACGCACCGCUAUCGGCUGCGGACGACGAUGACCUGCACUUCCGUCCGCGGGUCCCGCGCGUCUCUGAUCGAGAGCUCGUCUGGUUCAUCACGCUACAGCCCUCCCUCCCCAUCUUCAUGGAGAACGACCCAGCGCUGACGCCCGCCGCCAUAUCCGACAUGGACGACCCGCUCUACCGCUUCGUCUCAAUGACGAAAAUAUACGGAAAACUUUCAGAGGAAUUCACGCUCAAGACCAUCGUGGACGACACCCUGGGCGAGCUGCACUCAUAUGGGAUAUUUGGGCAGGUGCUGCCGGCGCCAGAGGAUUUGGACAUCGCGGGAGCGCUCAUGCCACACAGGGCCGACAACGAGUUUCCGUUCUCUGUCAACAACGUCCUCAUGAGCAACGACGAGGCGCUCAAGGAGACGGCGGCGUCAGAGUUGACAGCGGCAACUGCCGGCGACACCAAGAAAGACAACGGUGACGGCAACGGCACGAGCAAGAAGGGCCGCAAGCAGAGAGGUGGGGAGAAGGAUGAGAAGGAGAAGAAGGAAAAGCGGUUUCACCGCUCAUAUCGCAAUCGCCCGCCAAAAGUGGUCGCCAACCCCUCUGAACAACACCUCGCGCGGCAGGCGCGGCAGUACGAGUCGUGGCUCAAGUGGUGGCAGAACACGCUUGAGUUUGUCGACUACAAGGAGUGGCUGGAGGAGCACGAGGCAGACUUCCUCCCCGCCGUCUUCUCCAUGUUCCCUGAGCGGGCGCCGCCGGAUCUUGAGGAGGACGAGGCGGAGGUGCAGGCGCGACGAGAGGCGCUCGCUGUGCAUCACGCCCGCUCCCAGCAGCUGCUGCAGGAGAAGAAGUCGUACGAGAAGGGCAUGUGGAACGUCAACGCCGUGCAGAUGGGCGGCCUGGCUGCGGAUAUGAAUGAUCUUGCGCUGGAUCAGCUCACAGGCGACGACCAUGAGAUGAAGCGGCAGCGGGAAUUCGAUGCGUUGCAGCGGCGGUUCGAUGUUGUUUGGCGGGACCUCCGGCUGAGCACCAUGGAGAAACUAGACAAGGCAAUCCUCUACAGCAGCGUCAAGUACUCUCGCCCAGGAUCGGCCACAACCCGGCGCCACCGCCUGCAGCCGCUCGAUGUCGCCGAUCGCAUUCGCGGCGUCCGCACAUCCGCACACACGCGCGCAGCACGAAGCGCCGCUGGUGGCGGUGGUCCCAGUGGUCACGGCAGUGGUGUGCAGGGCCACACGCUGCAUGCCCUGCGUCAGGCCGUUGAGCUGUGGGAGGAGGUGCGCGCCGCCAUUGUUGCGCGCGAGGCUGUACUGAGCGAGCUGGAGGAGUUUGAACGCGUUGCAAGCGACCCUGCACGGCUGUACGCGCGCGUGUCGCAAUCGUCCCGUGUUGCUGAGGCGAAGAAGCGUGGCGUGAUGAUGGGGAAACUUGAACGCGCCGGCAAACGCGUGCUGGCCGCGAUUGAUCGUGUGGAGACGAUUCUGGGCGACGUCGUCGCAUUCGACCAGCGGCCGUACAGGGACAAGAUGUCGUCGGACGUGCGCGAGAUGCUGUAUUGGCUAACGCAGGAGCGGCGACAGCAGUCGCUUGCUGGCGAUGGAAUGCGACUCACAGGCACCAGUCUCAGGCCCGCGGGCACGCCACAGCCCACAGACGCCCUCUCCCUCCCGUGAUGCUCAUGUGGCGUGUAUGUGUGUGUGUCUGUGUCUGUGUCUGUGCCCCUGUCUGUGUCUGUGUGUCUGUGUG